UUAUUCAACGAACGCUUACACAAUACGUAGUGUGACGGGGACGCGGAAAGGUGUUGGUUUUGCGCUCCUGAGUUGCAAUUUGCAAUAGUUGUUAGUAAUGGAGUGGAACUCGGAAGGACAUGUUCUCAAACUUAUUGCUGCGUACCAAAGAACAUCCCUAUUGUGGGAUUUUCAAGAUCCGAAGCAUUAUUAUAAACCUAUUACAGCCAAGGCCUGGAGGGAAGUAGGAAAAGAAGUAAACAUGCCUGGGGACGAGUGUAAAAGAAAAAUUACGUGCUUGUUGGCUUCUUACCGGCGUGAGAAAUACAAAAUAAGACGGAGUAAAGGAACAGAUAACGUUUACGUUAGUAGGUGGUACGCGUACGAAGCUCUCACGUUCCUAGAUGGCAGAAAGAUGCCAGAGCAGCGACCUAAGUUGGAACCAAAAGAUAUGAUAAUAGAAGAUGAAGAUGUAGAUGACAUCGGAGUAGAGGUCAAUCUUUCUGAACUAAGCCCAGAGACAUCAGCUUCAUCGCCUAUUAACAUACCCAGUAAGCGAGCCAAUAGAGAUGGCAUCGAAGAUGUAGAUGACAUCGGCCUAGAGGUCAAUCUUUCGGAACUAAGCCCAGAGACAUUAGCAUCAUCGCCUAUUAACAUACCCAGUAAGCGAGCCAAUAGAGAUGAUUAUCCUACUUCAUCAAUGCUGGGCAGUGAAUUUAAUAUUUUCGACACAGUAAGGGAAAAACCGAACGAGACUGACACAUUUUUCACAUAUGUUGCUACAAAAGUGAAUAAUUAUUCCAGUGAGAUUCAGACCGCGGUGCAGCAUGCAGUAUUCGAAGUACUUAUGAAAGCUGAUAAAGGAUUUUAUAAGUCGACAAGUUCAGAUAAUCAGCAAUCUAACAGCUGAUAUAAAAUAAAAAUAAAAAACAAAAGCAUUUAUUUCCUAAUAAUACAUAUUAUCUUAAGAUAUUUUAUUUCUUCUUUUUCGAUGUUCCGCUGUUGCACCAGCUCCUUUGAACAGCUUCCUUUGUGGAUCCCUGAUUCUUCUGGCCAUGAUCGUCUGGACAUCUUCUGUGGGUAUUUUUUGUGGAAUCGUAGGUACCUCCUUUUCUAUACCGGUUUUGCUACCACCUAGCUAUUGUCUGAUCAGAUGGUCGAUCAGACGGUGUUUUUCUCUAAACAUCCUCCGUAUACGAUUUCCGUGUUUUUCCUUGAGGUUUCCUUAAGGCCUGGCAGUUGAAAUAUGAAGUCCUGCUCUCGACCACUUCCCUCAGUGGUGUAUACUGGAGCCUUUCUCUCAAGUUUGCUCCUGCCUUGCUGCCUCUUCAAUGAGCCGGUAGCAUGACGUCUCUGUGGUUUCAAGCCUCUUUCAGUUGGUUUCCGCCGUAGAGCUCCAUACUGGGACCUCAUACAGUAUUUCAUACCUAACAUACGCCUGGUAAAGUUGAAUCUUCUUCUGGUGAGGACCUAAAAAUUUAAGGUUGUAUUAGUCUUUUUUACCAAUGCAGGUUUUACCUUGAUUUGCUUUGCAUGCAGCGUGAAGUUCAGCUUUGUAGGUAUCUAGGUGGACUCCUAGGUAUUUGACGGAUGCUUCUGAUUGGAUAAUUUCUCAUAGUGAGCUCUACUGCUGGUGGAUUACGUUGCUGCGUAAAGAUGAUAAACUAUGAACUGCGUCUUGGCUGCGUUGAUCUUGAUCUUCCCUUUGUCCGUGAAUUCUGAAAUCAUUUCCAAGUAUCCUUCUAGUUCCAGACAAUUCUUCUGUCCCCUUUUCUUGCUGUGUAGAUGGCUUUUAUCGUCUGCAUGCAAAUCUGUACUUGUUCUUUCUUGCAUCUGUUGGUAAAUCUGAAACAAAAAUGUUAUAUAAAAUGGGCGAUAGAAUACUGCCCUGAGGCAUUCCUUUCUGGACUUCUUGUAUCAUAGACAUCUUUCGGUCAGCUGAAACUUGAAAAGUUAUAUUAGUUAGAUAUUUGUCGCAAAUAUUAACUAAAUAAUGAGGUAACCUAGCCCUGUCCAUCUUGAAGAUAAGUGCUUUCUUCCAGACGGUGUCGUAUGCUUUUUCUAUGUUCAUCAUGGCCAUUCCUGUCUUCUGAUUUCUGUUGAACCGGAUUUUGGUGUCGCUGAUAACUCUUGCUAGUUGUAGUUCGCAGUUUCUUUCUUUUCUGAAUCCAAAUUGGUCCUCCUGUAUGAUUCUUCUUUUUUCUGCAUGUUUCAUCAAGCUCUUGUAAAUUAGCUUCUCCAAUAUUUUUCCUAAUGGUUCCAGUAGAGAUAUUGGCCUGUAGUUUUCUGGUCUUCUUCCAUCUUUCUUCAGUUUUAGUAGAAGGAUGGUCUUGCUUGCUUCCAGUUGUUCGAAAAAUGGGCACUUUGCAGGAAAAAUCUAAAAAUGUAGUAGAAUUGUACUCAUUUUCUUGGAUAGUUCCUUGAGUAGGAUGUUGUGGAUUCCUUCCUGUUGUCAACUACUUCCGACUAAGUUGUUUAUUUCAGAACAUUAUUCAGUUUAAUUUAGUUUAAUCUUCUUCUUCUUGUAGUGCCUAUCCGUUUCGGAUGUUGGCGACCAUCAUGGCAAUCUGUACUUUGCACACUGCUGCUCUGAAAAGAUUUGUAGUGGUUGUGUUCAUUGUGUUGAACCACGUACGUAGAUUUUUCAGCCACGAAAUCCUUCGCCUUAGUUUAAUCUAGUAAUGUUUAAAUGAGUUUUAAUAUUAUUAUGUAUUGAAAA